CACACACACACACACACACACACGGACGGAUCAUACUUGACAUCGAGUUUGGCAGCCCAAAUCAAUAUAUCUUGCUGCUGCCACAAGGGAGCUGAUCUAACUGGGCAUCUCGCUUGAAUGGGCCACACAUGGAAAGGAUGUUCUGGCCGACCUUUACACCCAUAUGAGGUGAGUGAAUAAGAUGGCACAUUUGUCAUAUAGGAGAAAUAUAGGAGAGGGCUGAGCAGGCACGGGUGCCAACUUGGAAUCUGGGGUUGCAUCCGGUAUUGUGUAAUCCUCCUACUGAGUAUGUGAAGAUCUCGGAUGAACACAGAAGCGAAGCUACAAGUCAACAUGCGUGUAUUCCUUUCCUUGACUCCGUGAGUCUCCGUUGGCUUUCAUUGCCAGUGCUUGUUUGACUCUAUCGAUCUCGUGCCAGGGUAUGCCACGGAGAGAUGGUGCAUCUCAACGCAUUUAUGCUCUUACGAGCUUUGUCCAAGUGGCCUAACCAGGCAGCUGUUGCAACACUGAGCAAGAUUGGUGCUGUAUAUCGUAUAACUAGGCCUGCCUUGCUAUGGAGGAUUUGGGAUGAGGCUGUAGGCUAUCCUGCGCCCUGUGGUGUUUUUGUGCUCUAAACCCGCAAACGUUGUAGAUUCCACAGCAUGUCGACAAGGCCUAUGGCAACACAGCAUCUCCUAUCCAUUCAGCACGCGUAUUAUCUAUCAUAACACCCCUCGCCAGGGUUGACUUUGUGCUUCUUGCUUGCGCUAAAUCGCGAUGCUCAGUGUUGUACGUAAGUGUAUAUAGACCCGACCUUGCUGACUUUGGUCCUCCUGUCUCUUUCGAUAUACCCACCCGUCCGUUCCCGACGGGAAUCGUGUCCGUGUAUUCCGCAGGGAGUAAGCAGCCUUUGUUCGGAGAUCAAGCUGCUGAUCGCUGGUGCUGCUGUUGUUGCCCUUGUUUGCCAAAAACAUUCUAAUAAUAUUAAUCGUCGUCGUCGUUACUUGUAUGUUUGUUGUGGUCAUCGAAAUAAGGCCGAGGCUAAAAACCUUCUUUGGACUUCCUUGGUCUCAAGCUAGUCCAACCAUCAAGAAAUGCUGUCAUAAGCCGAGAGAACCAGCUCAGAUACACCAACUAGGUAACCCGAAGCUCUCAAGAUGCAAGCUGUACAGUUUCCCUGCUCUAGAUAGUCUCACAACACCCGCAGAAUCUCAUGGAGGAUCAUGCCGAGAUUCGCCAUCACCUGGAGGUAGGUACUAUGUCUGUGCUAUGCUCCCCCGCAGGCACUAACAUAAAAGAAAAAAAGCGCUACAUCUGCCAUUUCCUGGCUGUUGCAGGCCAGACUUGACCUAUCCUGUUCGAUAUGCAAUGCGGAACUGCUAACGCAACCCCCUUCUUGCAGGUAGUGUUUGAGUCUGACAGUGGUCAUCGCCGCAAAUCCUCGUUUGUCUCUCCCGAUACCCCGCGCCUUGCCCGUCGACACGAAACGCAGCCUUCAGACCAGGCAGCUUGCUUCGUGCACUCCCUGCUAGGGCAACCUCGAGCUGUCCAGCUCGAUAAUAUCGACGAGCACGGCAAAGCUGUGACGCCGUCGGUUGGCCAGCAGUUCGAAGAUGGUGGCGACAAUACCUCUGGGCCGUCAAGGCUCCUAACGAAGAGAGAGCUCUCUGAUAUGGCUUGGAAUGUGCGUGCAUUGUCGAAAAAACUGGGCAGUCUGAAGCUGAAGCUCAAUGUCCACAGCAUAUUCAUCUUGACGAAGCCUCAAGAUCAGAGUCUGGCUCGGUUAACCAAAGAGGUUACAAGCUGGCUUCUCGGACCAGAGCAGAGAGUUCCUUACACAGUCUACGUGGAAAAGAGGCUGGAAAAUGAUUCUCAAUUCGAUGCAGAGAGCAUAUGCAAGGAAGAACCGACCGCAAAACAGAGACUGAAGUAUUGGGACAACUGUCUCAUCGAAGAUCACCAUCACCUGGUCGAUUUCGUUAUCACCCUUGGCGGAGAUGGGACAGUAUUAUAUGCGAGCUGGCUCUUCCAACGUGUCGUACCCCCGGUUUUAUCAUUCUCUCUUGGGUCACUGGGAUUUUUAACGAAAUUCGAUUUCGAUGACUACAAGGAAACACUACAGCGAGCCUUUACUGAAGGCGUCACUGUCAGCUUACGGCUACGAUUUGAAUGCACCGUGAUGCGGAGCAGGCGGAGGUCCUCUGGCCAACCUCAAAUAGAAAGAGAUCUUGCCGAGGAGCUGAUCGGGGAAGAAUCAGAUGACAACGUUACGCAUUCCCCUGACAAAAUGUUUCAAAUCCUUAAUGAGAUUGUCGUUGAUCGUGGUCCAAAUCCAACAAUGUCUUCUCUCGAGAUAUUUGGAGAUGAUGAGCAUUUUACAUCCGUCCAGGCUGACGGUGUCUGCGUUGCCACUCCAACGGGAUCUACAGCAUAUAACCUUGCCGCUGGCGGCUCCCUAUCACACCCCGAAAACCCCGUUAUCCUUCUUACAGCAAUUUGUGCUCAUACACUCAACUUCCGGCCGAUAAUACUUCCGGAUACUAUAGUUCUACGUAUAGGGGUUCCUUAUGAUGCCCGAACAAGCUCCUGGGCGAGUUUCGAUGGUCGUGAAAGGUACGUACUUAGCUUUUCAGCAUUCAAACUGCAUCCCAGUUAACAGUUCAUGCUUGUAGAAUUGAACUACAUCCUGGAGACUACGUUACAAUUUCUGCAUCCAGGUUCCCAUUUGCCAACGUGAUACCUUCAGGUCACCGCAGCUAUGAAUGGAUCCAAAAUAUUUCCCGCACGUUGAACUGGAAUAGUAGGCAUAGACAACAGAAGCCAUAUGACAGCAAGUACUUGGAGCAGCCCAAGGCCCCUUAGCGUCUUUUUGGUUGCGGUCUGAAUCGGCCUAGCUAUGAAUAGGAUUAUACUAUAUAGUUGGUUGCAUUGCGGUAUAGAUAUUUCUCUGUAUCGGUAUCUGUUUCUUUGAGAAAGCAUGAGGAGCGUCCAAGUUGGUAUAAGAACCUAUGGAUAAUAACAUGGAAUAUAUCCCACCCAACACGUCAGGCUACAGAUAGACCGCUAACCGAGGAUCUUCUUAUUUACAUAAUACAAGAAAUAAUCAAAUCAAAACUGUCAACGGCUUGCUUGCUGCAGUU